AUGUUUAUGAAUUUCCGCCGCAGGGAAAAGAGAAAUGCCGGAGCGAAGGAAAUAGCGGCAAGUAGCCGUAUUGAGCGGAAGAACACCGUGCCUUUAGCAAAAUCAAGUGAUACUCACUAUGGUGCCCGUUUGUGGGUACCUCUACUACUAUUGUGGUUUAUGGUUAUUCAUUACUUCGAAAGAGUGCGAGUGAAAAGCGCCAUGGACGCAUGUCAAUGGGAGAAUUGGGAAAAUUGGCCUGAACAGAGAGCCCACAUCAAACCCCAUCGUGUUGUGUUCAUUGCAGACCCUCAACUUGUCGACGAUCAUACGUAUCCCAAGCUUCCUCGAGCAUUAAACUAUUUAAUCCGUAAAAUGAGUGACAAUUACUUGUACAUCAACCACAAGUUUAUGCAAGCUUACCUUGAUCCAGACACAACCAUUUUCGUGGGUGAUUUAUUCGAUGGAGGACGCGAAUGGGACGAUAACGCGUGGCUCGAAGAGUAUGAGAGAUUCAACCGGAUCUUCCCGCAGAAAACUAAUCGCCGGAGCUACAGAUCUCUCCCAGGUAAUCACGACAUCGGGUUUCAAAACAUUUCCUUGCAUAACCAAAGACGCUUUACUGCAUUUUUCGGGGAGGCGAAUGACUAUUUUGAGCUUGGAAACCAUACUUUCAUCCAGAUUGAUACCAUAUCCCUCUCCCACGAAGAUCCCGAAGUUAAUAGGGAAGCCACAGAAUUUUUGUCUACGGUGGGCCAAAAAUUAUUGCCCGAAAUGCCUCGUAUUGUCCUCACUCAUGUUCCGCUUUAUCGGGACCCAAAUGUGGAGUUAUGCGGCCCAGGAAGAGAGUCAAAAAGACCUUUUCCCUUGCAAAGAGGGUUCCAGUACCAGACGGUAAUUGAUUAUAAAUACUCUGAGCAAAUCUUAAAAAAUCUCCGGCCAAUAUUGGUGUUCAGCGGUGAUGACCACGAUUACUGCGAUAUAGUUCAUGUGGACUAUCUGGAUAACUCUAAGAAAUUGGCGAGAGAGAUCUCUUGCAAGACUCCAUCGAUGACCAAUGGUAUCAAUUAUCCGGCCUAUCAACUUCUCUCGUUGAACAACCCAUAUGAUAAGCAUUCUACAACCCUGAAUGAUCUCAAGACUUACGAGACCAUGAUGUGUUAUCUUCCAAAUCCAUACAGAGGAGUGAAGGUUUAUGGUAUUUUGCUAGUGAUUUCUUUUGCUUUGUUUUACUUGUGCAUAACCCAUCCGAAAAGUGUUCAAGAUUUCAUCGAAAGUAUCUACCCUUCACAACUCUUGCCCCAGGCUUCUCAAGUCUAUCAAAAGCAUACAAACCUGGUUGAACGUAGGCGCAUAUUGGCUUUUGUGCGGAGUUGUGUAUUGCUCUUCGCAUAUGUUUCGCUCCUCUUAGCGUUAUAUAACCGUAUGUAA